AAAAGAAGAAGCGAAAGGUUGAGCAGACGGAAGUCUACCUUGAUUAACAAGGCCCACGAGCUAGCAGAGUUCUGCGAUGUUGAUAUAGCCCUCAUCAUCCGUAACCGUCAGACUGGUCGUUACUUCACGUACAAUUCCGUCGAUCUCGAGUCCUGGCCACCGUCCAAAGAGCAAAUCGCAAGCCAACUGUCAUACCCGGUACCGGUGAACCUGCUUCCGCACGAUGUGGAA